AUGUCAACCGACGACACCGUCAUCAAUGACGUCGAAAGGAUGUUAGUCGUCGCUUCAAAUCAAAUUCGUGAAAUCUAUGACGUCUCCUCAGACUAUCAAGAAUCAAACAAAAGCAAAUUGGUCGAGUUGGUUCAGAAGUUCGAUCACUCUUUACAAGAAAUUAGUGUCUAUUGCGAGGGAGUCUCGUCACAAGCAAAAAAGGACUUGGUGAUCCCUAAACAAGUCAUUCAAGACAUUGACAAUGGUCAUAAACCCGAUUCAUAUGGAAAGGAGUGUGUCGAUAGUUUUAAAAAGAGUCACCAACUCGAGCGGGUUCGGAGCGAAGGACUUCAAAAGCUCUUUACGUGUCUCUGUGCUGAGAUUAAUGAAACAUUCCCUCAAGACUUAGCGUCGAACAUCAUCACCGAAGCGACCUUGGAUUACUAG